AACCGCACCGUUAAGUUUAUUAAGUCCAAGCUUAAGUUUAUUUUGAAAGGUCUGACAGCUAGAAAACGGAAGUGCUCUUCUAGCCUAGCGCGAAUUUUCUGAGGAGGGUUUUUUUAAGUUUGUCCAUUGUGAACUACGUUACCACAGUUUACAAAAAGAAAUGGCGGAUGACGGAAAUCUAAUGGACGGUGAUCUGGAAGAUGGAGAGAUCUCCGGGUCUGGCUCGGAUACAGAGAUGGGAAUUUCAACUACAACACUGCAAGCUCGACCCCAGGUUGCUCCAGCUUUCAGCAGCCAGUCCUUCCAGAGCAGAGCUGCGGCUCAGGCGUCAUCCGACGGCUACCGCAGCACCCGUGGGACGCUGGAGUCCAGCGACAGUGACCAGGAUUCGUCGGAUGACGAGGCGACUGUCUGGCGCAAGAAGCGUCAGAAGGUAUCAAAUACUCCCCAGUCGUCUGUCUUCACCAGCCGCCCUAUGUCGGUUCGUCCCGUGGCACAUAGUGCACUGGGAGGUCGAAAGGUGAACAACAUCUGGGGCUCCGUAGUCCAGGAGCAGUGCCAGGAUGCCAUGACUGCAGAGCUGGGCUUCUUUGGCAUGGAGGGUGAAGUUAGCAUGUCCAGCAGAAACGUGGAGACUUAUAACUUUGUCUUAGCCCGUAAGAUUAUGGAGAAGGAGAGGGAGAUGGAGAGGCAGUCUAAGGAAGAGGGAGAAGUAAACAUGCUGGAUGCCCAGUUAGAGGAUUACAUGAAGAACCAGGGGUCAGCGGACGGUUCAGGAGAGGAUGCGAAGAAGAGGCCAGCUAAAGAGAGACUGGGCCCCAAAGCUGAGAUGGACAUAAAAGGUCGGUAUGAGAUCACAGAGGAGGAUCCUGAGGACAAAGUAGCAGAUGAGAUCGCAUACAGACUGCGGGAGCCUAAAGCAGACCUGAUUGAGCGUGUUGUUAAAGUUGUUGGCGCCAAAAAAGCUAUAGAGCUGCUCGGGGAGACUGCCACACUGGAGGAAAGUGGCGGCGUGUACACUAUGGAUGGAAGCAGGAGACGAACACCAGGUGGAGUUUAUCUGAACCUGCUGAAGAACACGCCUAGUAUCAGCAAGAGCCAAAUCAGAAAGAUAUUCUUUGAGGAGCAACAGAAAGAUUGCAAAAGCAAAAAGGCAGCGCAGAAGAGGAGGCGACAGGUGUUGGCCAAGAAGAUGAAACAGGCAAUCGGCACACUGAACUUACAGGACCACGACGAUGUCUCCAGGGAGACUUUUGCCAGUGAUACCAACGAGGCCUUGGAAUCACUGGAGGAGGCAGCAGAGGAAGAAGAGGAGGCUCAGGAGGAAGCUGCUGUGGGCAGUGAGGACACAGCUGUGGUCUACAACUCUGCAGACCUGGAGGUCUUCUGAAGCUUGCAAAACAAACUAAAUUAAAGCAAAACACUGAAAGCACUGUAUAAGUGAUGAAUGCAGAAUGAACGUUUUUACCUAUAAAACAGGAGCUUACGUUAACAAACACACAGUUUUUGUUUGCAUGGAUAUAGAUUUGAGAGUAUGUAUCCUUGCUGUUUGUCAGUUUGACUCAAAUGUUUGAUUUUAAGUCAAGUUCUGAGAAGUUGUCACAGCAUUUUAAAUUAACAUUACUAUUUUCUUGUGAUUUGUUCAACAAUCAAUACAUGAAUGUUUUGUCUGUCUUUAUUCUAAGUUUUAUUCUCAGUUCUUGAUUCAUUUGUGUAACCGAACAUAAUUAAAGUUGAUUCAGGUAAAACUAUUAAAACAACUAGGUGGUUCCUGCUCCA